AUGAUGCACCAGUGGAGCCUGUGGCGGCUGGUGAAGCAGCUGGAGACGUUAAUAAUUAUAAUGCAGUAUAUUUCCUUUGUGUUGCUGUUUUAUCCCGCCGCGUACCAGCCAGUUGAGGGGUGUGCUGCCGCGGCGAAGGAGGGGGCGACCAGCAGCGCCGCCACCCUGAUACUGUGCAGGGCGUGCGGGCACGAGCUGGCGGUCGGCGCGGACAUCCACUUCGUCCCCAGCCAGCUGGCGCUCUCCAGCCGCAACGACACGUCCAUCGGGGGCCGAAGGGUUAACAUCCAGCUUUUCGAAAACCCCCACGGACACCAGUUUGAGGUGAUUACCUUCAGGAAAGCGGACGUUACCCAGCACUGGCCGGCAGAUAAACACUUCUCCUGGUUCCCGGGGUUCGCAUGGACGGUGGCCACCUGUCCGCGGUGUAAGACUCAUUUAGGUUGGGCCUUCCAGCCCAGCGACUGGCCAGACACCAUCACAAAAACGAAAUUUGACGAGUCUGCGCACACCUUCCUGGCUUUAAUCACCCAUCGUCUACUACGAGAAGAUUUUGCCUCAAGCCUGUUAAUGACUCCAAAAUCCUUCAUGAGCUGAUGGGACCAUUUGACUGUACAGUUAACCCAGGUGCCUUUGCUGCUACCUAAAUCUAUUUUUUAAAAUAAAUUUCUAUGCACCCACAUGUAAACACAGUAAGUUUUAUUAUUGUAACAAAGCAAGUUUUACACCUCAAAUUUAAAACAGUUUCUUUUCCCCCCAGCGGAAAAGGAAAGGUGAUUAAAUGUGACUUCUAUGAGAUAACAGGUCUUUUUUUUAAUUAUUUUACCCAUGAAGCAGUGGGGGCCAAAAUUUACAAGCUUGUUUUUUUUUUCCAUUUUGUUCUUUAUUAAAAAUGUCAUUUCAAAUCUCAUGGAUAUCUGUAAAACAAUACAAUGAAAAAAAAAAAAAAGUCCCAUAGAAAUGGUGUCAAAAUAACCACUCUCCCCGAUAGCCAACAUACUCCUGCCCCUCCCCAGCUUACCCCACCCCCCGCCCCCUAAACAUUACAAGUCAAAGGAAUGAGCUGGUACUCGUUAACCACAUAGGGGAAAAAUAACAUUUUUCAAGAGAUCAACACCCCAACUGAAAAAAAAUAUAUGGGGGAAAAAAAUUGAAGAGGUCAACUAGCGCUGGGUCACUACACCAUGGCUUUAAGUCAAUUUACCACACAACCUUUAACAGGAGGAAUUCUGUGUGAAUUGUCUUCAAAUUCUACUCAGGAUGCCGUGCUGAUUCUAUUUUUAUACUUUUUUUUUUUUAAUUAUUAUUUUUGAGAUGACUUUGGGGAUGGUACUCACAAUUCAGGGCAAAGUGCCAUUGGCCUUAGAUGAGUCAAAGGAAACAGAACAUGGCACCGACAAGGUGAAGAGGCUUCAGAAUGGAAAAUGAAGCACACACGGAUAAUAAUAAUUAAAAAAAAAGUAAAAAAAAAAAGAAAAAAAAGAAAAUUAAAA